AUAAGCUCACACAUGUUUAUGCCCUCAUUUACUCACACAUACUAAAUUUAUCAACUCCCUCACAUAUCAAUCUCUCACCCACCUCUCUUUAUUUUGUUUUCUCUCUCUCUCCCUCUCUUUCUCUGUGACUUUUUUUUUUUUUUUUUUCUUCUCCAAAGAGAGAGAGAGAGCGAGCAAAGAAAAGAAACAACAAUGGAAGGUAUAUCUGCUGGGGUGUACAAAGGUUUAAGAAGCUACUGGAGGAGGAGAGGCUACGAGAAGCUAAACGGGUCGGGUCGUAGGCGUAGGACGAAGCAUGUGGAGCUGGGUUCGAACCGGAGGAGAAGGUUUUGGCGGAUCAAGAUCAAACCAAAGAUUCGUUUGGGUUCACCAAAGAAGUUCUUCGUUUGGCUUCGUGAUGGGUACAUGAAGAUGAUGAUGGGUUUAGCUAACUCACGCACUUUCACCUCAAGUGGCUAUGGUUUUGCUACUGCUGGGUCCAUGUACGAUGGGAUUAAUGGGCUCACCAGGGGCCCACUUAAGGAGUACGAUGAUAAGAUGAUCGUUGAGUUCUACAAGACUCUGAUGAUGGCUCAGGGAGCUUUGGUGCCUCGCGAUGCCGCAAAACUUGGCUCACAAAUUGUUUGCCAUCGGUAAAAAAUGUUGCAAAUAAAUGGUUUUUUUUUUUUUUUAGAAUGUUUUUUUUUUAAUCUUGAGUUACAUAGUAUUGUUGGGAAAAAUUUUAGGUAAUAAGAGUAUAAUAAAUUGUGUUUCUUCUUC